AUGUCGUCGCCGACGACACCAACGAGCUCAAGGUCUUCGUCUCUAUCAUCCUCACCACCUGGAACACCACCCGAUUUACAUCAAAACACCAUACACCCUGAUGCCAAAUGGCUUGUACAGAAGUUUGGUGGUACGAGCGUAGGGAAGUUUUCUGUGAAGAUUGCAAAGGACAUCGUGGCGAAUUAUAUCGACAGCCACAAGGUUGCCAUUGUAUGUUCAGCACGCUCGGGCUCGACAAAAGCUCUGGGGACGACAAACUUACUGCUACGAGCUGCCUCAGAAGCUCUCAAACGUGAAAAACCCGCUGGUUCGUCGGCUUCAGGUUCUGCCACACCCGUCUCCAGGGGUCUCUUCGGUGUCGGUGGGGGGAUUGCUCGCAACGGCAGCGACCACAGUAUGAGCCCACCUACCAGCCCGAAAGCACGAAGCAGGUCAUCUCGCUCGUCAAGCCCACAACCAUUGUUCGGUUUCACCUCUCUUAACGGCUCGCACCCGGUUGGGACGCAGCCUGAAUUCGCCGUCACCGUCGACAUUAUCCGACAAGAACAUGUCACGGCUGCCCGUAAUUCCAUACGCGACCCAGUAAUCCUGAAGGAGUUGGAAGAAGAAAUCGACAGGGACUGCGAAUGGCUGCGGAGUUUCUUGUUUGCUGCAAAGAUCAUCGAUGAAAUAUCUGCCCGAUCCAGAGACAGCAUCAUUGGAUUAGGGGAAAGAAUGGCGUGCAAAGUCAUGACUGCCAUUCUACGCGACCAGGGAAUCGACGCUGAAUACGUCUCGUUGGAGGAAGUUGUACCGCCGUACGAGGGAGACGCAGCCUCAGAGAAGGCUCUACCACAAGAAUUCUAUGACAACCUCGCGCGAGCGUUAGGCGAGCGCCUCGAGCAAUGCGGUUCUCGUGUGCCCGUAGUCACAGGGUUCUUUGGCCCAGUCCCAGGCUCGCUACUCCGUCAGGUCGGACGGGGCUACACCGACCUGUGUUCUGCACUGCUCGCUGUGGGCCUCAACGCCUCCGAGCUACAGAUCUGGAAAGAAGUGGAUGGUAUCUUCACUGCCGACCCGCGAAAGGUGCCCACGGCGCGCCUGCUAUCGGUCAUUUCACCAGAAGAGGCUGCUGAGCUGACGUACUACGGCAGCGAGGUCGUGCACCCAUUCACGAUGGAGCAGGCGAUCCGACAGAAGAUCCCGAUUCGCAUCAAGAACGUUGAGAACCCGACGGGGCAGGGCACCGUUAUCCAUCCCGACACGGAGGACCUGUCGUCGUCCGCGUCGAUUGCCCACUCUGUGCCGGAGCCGAUCACGCUCAAGUCGUUACACGAGCUCGCUCUUGCCACGGAGGCCUCUCAGCGCAAGCGACUACCGACGGCGGUGACGAUCAAGGAACAUGUUGUCAUACUGAACAUCAACUCGAAUCGCAAGAGCGUCAGCCACGGCUUCUUGGCUGGCAUAUUCGGCACGUUGGAUAGGUUCGGCGUCGUCGUCGACUUGAUCAGCACGAGUGAAGUCCAUGUUAGUAUGGCCAUUGGGGAUGGGCUUCCGAAGAAGACCCUCGACCGUCUCGUCAACGAGCUCAAGAAAACAGGAACGGUUGACGUCCACAAAGACAUGGCCAUCCUCUCACUCGUCGGAAAGCAAAUGCGGAAUAUGGUUGGUAUAGCGGGCAGGAUGUUCACAACGCUUGCCCAGGGCAACGUCAACAUCGAGAUGAUCUCACAAGGCGCCAGCGAGAUCAAUAUCUCCUGUGUCAUCGAUGCGCGUGACGCCGUCAAAGCUCUCAACCUCAUUCAUCAAAGUUGCCUCCAGAUCAAGCCCGAGGGUGCGAGGGGUGGAGUAGGACCUUGGCUGUUCUAA